AUGGCCCACGGAGGGUUCCUCCGUGAACAUUCCGGCGACGCUGAGCUAGCCAGCCACGCGAUGCACGACUACACCCAGGCCAAACUCGAGCCGCAGACCAGAGCGAUGCUGGACUUCGCGGCAAAGCUGACCCGCACGCCCGCGGAUAUGACGGAGGCAGACGUACGGCGUCUGCGCAAUCACGGUCUCAGCGACGAGCAGAUACUAUCCACCGUGCUCAUCACCUGCACCUUCAACUUCAUGACACGGCUGGCUGACAGCUUGGGUGUGGAGCCGCCCGAGGGCCGGCAGGAGUCCCACUCCCAGUGGAUGAGCUUGGCUGCAAGGAGCCAGGACUGGCUGAUGACCCCUCGGGCCUGA